AUGAGCAAUCGGCAUCCUGUGUCACCCGAAAAGAAAAAAAAGCGCUCCAACCCCGCGACAUUGGCACGCCCCGGUCAAUCCACGAUGCACACAGUUCAACCACGUCCACACACUGAUGUCAUGCUCUUGGCUCGUCGGAUCUUUUUCACCCUUCCGGGUGGCCGGAGCCGCAGUCACGACGAUCACGAAUCCCCAAAAACCGUCCUCGUUGUUUAUUACCCAUGA